AUGGCAAGACUAAACACGAGGAAGACUCUGUCGCUUUCGCCGCAUUCACGACAGCCGCCUUCGCCGUCAGCGCUCCAACAGCUCAUCAGCAUCGCUGCGACUUCUAAUGAUGGCAAAGCCGCCCUCGAAGCGUACCGCAGGCUUCGCAACGCACAGCCCAUCUCAUCCGUCGAAUCCUCGAUUGCGCACGCGCUUCCGCCGAAAACCACCGAAGAGCUGAUCCAUCACUUCGAAACAAUCUACUUUACGUCACAUGGCAGUGAUCGCAACCUGAAGACCAGAGUCAUGUGGCUACUCUCAGACGCAUGCCCGUGGCAGAAAGAUCUCCACGACUUCCUGGGCAUCUACGCACUGUUUGGACAUACCGGUGUCACAAGGAAAUUCCUGGAGGCGUUCCGCAAAUUGGCGGAAUUGAGGUCAAGCGAUAAUCACAGUCUUUCGCUGAUACGCGCGUUACAACUUCUCCAUCGUGCGAGUAACGAUCGAAAGAGCUCGCGUGCGGGGGUGAGGGGUGUCAGUCAUUCGGCAGAAUGGACGCCAACGGACUGCAAGCGUGCAAGCGAGCUGGCGGUCGCCGAGGAUCAAAUGCAUUGGCCCGGCAAGGCGAAGGGCACGGCGCCGAGCAAAGAGCGUGGGAGCGAUGAACAGGAGCACGGGCAGAAACCAAUGAUGCAUGGCUGCGACGGAGAGGAGCACGGACAAGAAGAUGGAGGGCAUCACGGCGUUGGACAGGAAGCUGGGCAGGUCCGCCAUGGGCGGUCGGAUCACGAGGAAGAAGAUGGGCAGCACAGCAUUGAUGGGCAGGAUCACGGAGAAGAAGAAGCUGGGCAGAAGUACAGCGGUCGACGGGAUUCUGGGCAGGACAACCACCAAGACGAGCAGCAUCAUAGCGAUGAAGACGAGGAACAUCGUGGCGAUGAAAGCGGCGCGAGGCAAAGCAACGGGCGGGACCGCUGUUCGACGGAAUCGGCGCCGCCACCUGAGCAAGGUCGUGCACACCGAUCAGGUCAUCUCGACGACCGCAGCAGCACGUCUGGAUCGUUGUCGCAUGGGACCUGGAGUCCUCCUGCUGAGGAUUUGGACGACCAUGACGUGUACGCCUUCGGAUUCGGCUCCGAACCCGCCGCUUGGCACCUCCACUCCGACGCGGAAAUCCUCGUCGACAACACCGACACCGACACCAACAUCCUCUCCUUCGACCAGCGACAUCAGCAUUCGCUGCAAACAACCGCCAAACCGAGUUCUGUCCACCAGACCACUCGGCCAUUCGACGCGCUCGACCUUCGUCCGCCCGAGGACCCAUCGUCCGACAUGCUGCAUAAGCGACUUCGACCACGCUCCCCAUCCGGCGACGGUGAAAACAAGCACAUCGGUACCACGGCGAAAUUCUGGAACCAGCACCGCAGUUGCUCUCAGAGGCUUCGACUUGCACGCAAUGUAAUGACUAGUUUCUGCCACCCACGCGAUUCCCUGGUGACGGGAGACAUGUUGGCUCCUGCCGCCGAUAGUCUGCUCGAAGAUUCGAUUGCGGUCCAACACAACACCGCAGAUUCGCUGUUCUUUACCGUCUUGGGCUCCGUAGCGUGUCCUGCUCCAAGUGGCACACGGUACUGGUUCGUUGCAGAUGUCGACAUGUCAGCACUACAGGCUACGGUCUACACCCGGGCACCUGCCGAGGCAAGCUCAAGCAUCUCCGAUCUCAUCGCGCAACUUCACUCUAGACCCGAGACGCUGGAAAUCAUUUCCAAAAGCCCUCCUAACGUGGCCGACGAAGUCGAAUCUGCAGACUUCAUCUCUUGUCUUGCUACGGCUACGACUAUAGUAGCUGGUGGCGUUCCUGAUGAGACGCUGCUACUGUCCACUCCUCUUUGGACUACUGCUUUCCAGGCGUGCCUAGUUCUCCAGCCACAGCGUCGCUGCUCCCACCUUGUGGAGGAGUUUUCACUCUUGGCCGACAACGAACUGUCCUAUGCCUACAAGCGCCGCAAGCUCGACAUUCCAUCGAAAGAGCAGACCACUAUGCAACAUGCUAUCAACGCCUUUCGACGAGAGAUGGAGGAGCUCUCCGCGCAAAUCAGCUGCAUCGAAGCCUACGUGCCGCAGGCCAGACACAUCCAAUACUGCGCUGCUACCGCCUUGGAGAAAUCAUCACCCAUCUCGGAUACGCUCGCCGCGGAGGUGGAACAUUUUCAGAGCGAGAUUACGAACGCCAAGGCCAGGAUGGAGAAGGCAGAGUCAGGCAGCGGUCAACACGCCGCUGCGGCAAGGACUCUUCACUUGUUGGAGAGGGAGCUCAAGGCUUUGCAACCCGCCCUGCCGAGUCAGACCAACUUGCCGUAUGUGAAGACUUGGGCGGACAUGGUUGUGGGAGAAUGCGAGAGGAGGCUGAGAGAGAAGAAGGAAAGUCGAGAGGGUGCACGACAACAGAUGCGGGACAUUGUCUCUGGUUGA